GCACCUGCAUGCCAGUAUUGAAGAACAUCCAGGCCUAGGCAUAUUCAUAACAUGCAAUGACCUAUUAUCCAAACAAUUGUUCAUCUAACGAGACCAGCCUCUGCGCAAUCCACUCUUCUUUCUCCUUUCAAGUGUUCCAUCUUCCCGCGCCGUAUGACUCAAUGGAAUUUUCCACGUCGUCGGGUUCUUCAAGCUCAUUCUCGCUCUCCAUCGUAAACCUCACGAGCUGCCCUGUUCGCAAUCCGGUUGGGGAGGAUCGUGGUGUUAUACCCUCCCCUGCCAAAUCGUGAUACACUGAGCUCGAUGUCAUUCGUGAUACGCAAAGCGAUUGAUCCUCCAGGAUACUCCGACGCAGUUUGAUACAAAUUUGUGUCGGAGGGCUGCUGGGGCUGCAUUUGAAAUUGGUGAAUCGGUAUAGGUUCAGUUGACUGGAUAAGACGGGGGGCUUCCGAAAGUCUGUCGAAGCGAGUGUUGGACGUUGGCUCUGAUAAGGGCAUGUAUGUAGCCAUAUUAGGUAUGGGGAUUGCACAUAAAGCUCGAGAUGUUGUGGUCGAAACACGAAGAUGGUAGUCGCGUGUUUUUGGAAAACGAUAGUUGGGUUGUGGCGAGAACAACACAGAGGAUUGGAAUGUUUCAUUCGUUUGACAUCACGCUUCAGUGCUCAGGACUCCUUCCCAGGCGUUGUGGUUCAAAGCAAGGUUCAGAUGUCAGUAUGUCUAAUGUCCGAGUUAUACUGAGAAUAUGGCAUAUUUCUCCAUAUUUGUCAUCUUGCUUGAUGAUCUCACAUCGUCUUCGGUUGCUUCAACAAGACUACGUCAAUGCAUCGCCUUUAUCCAUGAGCACGGUAUGCAAGGUUCUCCAAUAGGGAUGUGCAAGCCAGCUACCGACAUCAGACAUUCAAAUCGCCCUCUCGUCUUCUCGGACUUUGGAAGUCUGAUUCUACCAAUGGACUCGGCAUUCCUUGGUCACCAGUGCAAUAGAGUUCACGCCCGAUA